AAGGUUUCCAUUUAGUGUAAUAGAAAGGGUGUUUGAAAUUAAAUUGUCGGAGUGAUUUUAUUAUUCAAUAAGAAAUUUUUAAAUUAAAAUUAAAUAAAAUUUGAAAAAAAAAGAAAGUUAUUUAUUAAAUAAUAAAUAUGAACAAAAAAUCGAAUGGAAUUGUAAAACAAGAUGUUAAUGUGGCUAUAAUUGGAGGAGGAUUAGUUGGUUCAUUGACAUCACUUUUUUUGGCUAAACUUAAUUAUAAUGUGAACAUUUACGAAUAUAGAGAAGAUAUAAGAAAAGUUGAACAGGCUAAAGGUAGAAGUAUAAAUUUGGCUCUUUCUGUUCGUGGAUUCAAAGCACUUGAAGAAGUUGGAUUAAAAGAUGUUUUAUUGAAGCAUGGUAUACCAAUGAAAGGGCGUAUGUUACAUGAUUUAAAUGGUCAAACUACUUUUGUACCAUACGACUCUGUAACAAAUCAAUGUAUUUAUUCGAUUGGCAGAAAAUUUCUGAAUGAAGUUCUAUUAACUGCUGGAGAAAAAUAUACAAAUAUAAAGAGAAAUUUCAAGCAAAAAUUAAUUUCAGCAAAUUUAAAAGAUGGAAGUCUUAAAUUUAGAAACUGCGAAAAUAAUGAAGAGUAUACCAAACAAGCUGACCUAGUUAUUGGAUGUGAUGGCGCUUAUAGUCAAGUUAGACGAAAUAUGUUGAAUUCUCCAGGAUUUAAUUUUAGUCAAACUUAUAUUGAACAUGGAUAUAUAGAAUUAUGUAUACCAGCUGAAAAUAAUGAGUUUGCAAUACCUGCAAACUAUUUACAUGUAUGGCCGAGAGGUAAAUUUAUGAUGAUUGCAUUACCGAAUCAAGAUAAAAGUUGGACGGUCACCCUUUUUAUGCCAUUUCAUAAAUUUGAAUCGAUUAAAAAUGAAAAGAAUUUACUUGAAUUUUUCAAUCAAUAUUUCCCAGAUGCUAUUCCAUUGAUUGGAGAGGAACGUUUAAUUAAGGAUUUCUUUAACGCAAUUCCUCAGCAUUUAGUUUCUAUUAAAUGCUAUCCAUAUAAUGUAUCGUCUAAAGCUCUUCUGUUAGGUGACGCAGCACAUGCAAUGGUACCAUUUUAUGGUCAAGGAAUGAAUGCCGGUUUUGAGGACUGCACUAUUUUAUAUGAAAUUUUAUGUAGAACAAACAAAGAUUUAGAAGGAGCAAUAACAGAAUUUAGUGAAACCCGUUGGGAAAAUGCCCAUGCAAUUUGUGACUUGGCUAUGUAUAAUUAUGUUGAGAUGCGUGAUUUGGUGACUAAGAGAAGUUUUUUGCUUCGCAAAAAAUUAGACACUAUUUUAUAUCAAAUAUUUCCUCAAACUUGGAUUCCACUUUACAAUUCAGUAUCUUUCACUAGUAUGCAGUACAAAAAAUGUAUUGAAAACAGAAAAUGGCAAGAUACGGUUCUGAGACGAACAUUUUUUAUUCUUGUUUCGGGAAUAACAGCUGUCUGCUUUGCAUAUUUUGCAUUUUUGAAAUUUCUUUAAGAAGAAAAAAUUCCAGUAUAACUUUUAAUUUUUUAAAUAAUUUUAAUUUAAAAGAAUUUUUUUAUACUUUAUAUUGAUGCGUUAAUGUUUAAUUAUUUCAAGUUUUCAUUUGUAUUUCAAAAAAAUUUUAAAUCUUAAAUUAUAUUAAAUAAAAUAUGCAACUAACUUAUUUUUGUCAGUUGACGUUGUUCAUGAAUAAAUGAAGGUUUCUAAGUGUUAAAUUAUUCAAAUAGGCAAGAAAGUUCAUUUCUUAACUGAAAUAGAGUAAUGUAGUUAUAAAUUUUAAGUUCAACGUACAUAAGUAUCCCAAAGGUUUCGGUCUCACUUUUCCUAUAUUUGUGAUUAUCAACACACCCUCACUUUAAGAAUAUCUUAAAUUUUUAAAGUAUACAUAUUAUUUCUUUCAUUUUAGCAAAGACCUAUAUUUAUCUAUUAUAAGAUAUAUUUUAUGGUCUGUGAUUUUAGUCAGAAAAUCGCUAACGCCUUUCAAUUUUUUCCAUUUGUGCAAAGAUGAACGUGUAAGAGCGUCACCGAGAAGUUCUCUGUAAUUUUUGCUCAAAUUAAACUUAAUUAAGUAAGAACUCAGCACUGUCAAAUGUAUUUCAAGCUGCGUUAACAGACGAAAAAGUAUUGCUUUUUCAAAAGCAAAAAAUUUUUGUUGCUCUCUUGGAUAUAUUAAUUCGGAUGUAAACAUAAAUGUAUGGUAUAUAUUAUUUACAUGUUCUAAAACGAAUCGCUAACAAGCAAAGCGUAAGAUUAUUAGCUGAAAAUAUGUGUGGUAAAAAUUUUGAAAAUUUCUAACUCUCAAAGAGUUCACACAAUACUAUGAUUCGGAAUGGAGAAAUUAGAAAACAUCAUGCGUUCAAAAAUUUUUAAAUAAAUAAAUAGAAUUAAAACAAUUCCUAACGGUUGGCAAGAUUAUAAAUAAUAAAACAACAAAUUUUUAAUUUUAUAUAUAAUUAUGUAUAUAUAAUUUAGUCUACAUAUAUAUAUAUACAUAAUAGAAACUUAAGUGUUUUUUGUUUAUUAUUCUAGCAAAAUAUAUUUUCAAAGUUUUUAACUUUCCAGUAAAAUAAAUAUAUUAUUUUCUUGUUAGAAUAUUUUCCAACAUUAUUUACAUAUUUUUUUUUUUUAAAUUUGUAUUUUCCAAAUUAAAAUUAUGUUUUAGUACUUUUUACACUUAUACUUUUCUAAUAUUAAUAAAAAAGAUAAAAUAUUAUUUAUUUUAUAUAUACAUGUAUAUUUACAUAUAUAUACAUAUAUUUAAAAUUAUUUUCUAUGUUUAUAUAAUUAUUCUGUGUAUAUUAUAAAUUUAAAAUAAUUUUGCAAAAAAAGAAAAUUAAAAA